AUGGUUUCUGCUCUUCUUGCACGCCUCGUAGCCGUGGAGCUUUGCUGGCGUGCGACCAGCUCUGGGUUCACAUGCGGGAAUGGCUGCGUCAUUUCGUCUUACGCAGUGAACGACGCCACUUGCGAUUGCACAGGCUGCGAGGAUGAGAACGUGUGGACGUGCGCGUCGUGCGCUGGUGGCUGCCCAUCUUCGUGUGGCAGCUUCACGUAUUGCAUCUCUUACGCCCCCAGCCCAUCCCCAAGACGGGCCCAAAGCCCAUCCCCAAGCCCAUCCUACUCACGGAACACUUCGAGUUCCUUCGGCCUCAUCGUUGGGAUCGUCGCAAUCUUCAUGGGCCUCGUCUGUCUAGUUAGUGGGAUGGCCGUGUGCAUAAAGAUGAGCGAGGACUCGGGCACCAACUCUGCGAAGUCGGGUCUGCAGGCCGUGGUCAUCGGAGGCCCUGCCAAGGUGAGGAACUUUGGCUCCCUGCAGCUGGUGCCCUUAUCCGAGGAGGCCUUCUCCAUCGUGCCCGGCUAUUGGGCCAGGAGUGUCGGGAAUCUAAAAAAUGCGGACAGUGCUGAGUGUUGCUACCACUCGGUGCCCAGAGACCGGCUUUCGUUCGAUGAGCUCUUCUACGUCAGCUUUGAGAACAUCCAGUAUUUCCAAGCCCUCAUGGACCGGACCUACCGGCCCAUCGCCACUCAAGAUAGGGCCUGCCCCACGAAGGCCCAUGUUAAGACACCCGGGGGCUGCCCCUGUGUGCGUCCAGGGGGUGUUCCCGGGCUGCCGACGGGAUUCCAGGUGAAGCGGGUCAUCCGGGUCGAGGACUCGGAGAUGUUCAAUCGCUACAUCACCCGGCGCGAGCAGAUCAAGAUGCGCGGCUCAUGUGCACCACCAGACCCAGCCUUCUUUACGAGCGAGGCGAUGACUGAUGGCAGCAUGGACUCGGUCUUGGGUGAGCUGAGCACCGACCUGAACGAGGUGUACCUUUGGCAUGGCACCCAAGUGCGAGCGGGCCUGCGGAUUGCUCAGGACGACUUCAAGAUGACUUUUGCUGGGUCUGGUGCAGGGACCAUGUAUGGUAAAGGCUUCUACUUCUGCGAAAGCUGCACCAAAGCAGAUGAGUACGCGGAAGAUGAGCCAGGCGGCUACUACAAGGGCAUGCGCGCCCUUCUUCUUUGCCGCAUUUGUGUUGGUAAGUUCCACUACACAUUGGACCGAGAGCCCACGGCCAUCGACCACUUCCAUUCGGGAAUCACCGACAGCACGAUCGGAGACCGCGCCAAGUCCGUAAACACCUACCGGGAGGUGGCGAUCUACGAUGCAGAUCAGGUCUAUCCCGAGUACCUGGUGAUAUACCAGCGCCUGUUCCAGGGAGAGACCAUUCAGCCUCUCCAGAAGGAGCUGCCUUUCCUGCUGGAGAAUCCGCUCUAUUGGACCAACGAGAUCAAGGAUCUUAUCCAGAGAUUGGCAGAUGGCUCCUGCAGCGGAGAGCUUCACCAAGUUAAUCAAGUGCACCGUGUGGAGGACUCCGGGUUAUGGUGCCGGUAUUUAAGAUGGAAGCGGCGAGUGAGCGCGGGCGGAGAAGCCUGUGUGCCACCCAACGAACUGGAUGGGAAUCCAGAGAGCGGGCACGUCCUCACCGACAAGAUUCUGGCGGACUUCCAUGGGGAUGAAGCCAUUAGUGUAGAGAACAUGACCCCGGGUCUCAACGAGAUGUUGCUUUGGCACGGGACCUCCGCUGAGGCAGCAAAGGCCAUUGCCACCGACGGGUUCUUGAUUACAUCCUCUUUCUCCCAUGGCCGGCGCUUCGGCCAUGGUGUGUACCUUGCAGAGGACCUGAGCAAAAGCUUGUCCUACUGCAAAGAGUCAGAUGGGAUUUACUAUGUGCUUCUUUGCCGAGCUACAUGUGGGCAUAUCCACUACACCGAGAAGAAGCAUGCUCUUGAAGCGCAUGUACAUGCCAAGAGUAUGGGGAAGACUUGUGUGCUGGCCAAUCCUGAUAAGAAGGGGCCCAGGGAGUACAUUCUUUUCAGCGCAGAUCAGGUCUAUCCAGAGUACAUCGUCGAGUUUGUCCCUAAGGGAAAAGCCAAAUUCACUGAUAUCUUUGUUCCGGAGAUGGAAGAUGACAGAUGA